UGGUCUCUCCCACACCACAUUCAGUAUGUUCCCCGGACGGGAAGUGCAGAAUCGGCUCGAGCCAAGCGUGUUGCAGAUGUCGCAACAAGAGCUCCGAACCCGUCCAAUCAUUAUGCGACCCGAGCGUGCUUGGGUAGGCGCCAAGGGAUCCCCCGCCCGAAGCUCCUUCUGCCUGAUUUCUCCCCUCAUGUGGAAUAGCCGGGUACGAGCACGGUGCGGUACCUCGGCGAGCGCAUGCGUGACAAACAGUUGGAGGAAACAAAAAUAGGGAAAGAGGUGCGUCGCAGACGUUGGAUGGUGGUGUGAUGGCGCCAGCUUUGGACGGAUGGGGUGUGGUGUGAGGUGUUGGUGGAGGUGGCUUGUUGCAUGCUUCCGUGCAGGGAAGAAGCUGCGGGCAGGUGUUCUUGCCCCUCUCUUCUCCAGUCCUUCGAGUGUGGGGUAUGUACAGUAUGGGGUUGUGGACGCUAAAUACGACGCUUGCCCCUCCCUCUACCGGUAUCUCUCCCGGCUGUUCUACCCAUCGCCUCCGGGGAGGGCGGGGGGCGGUAGAACUGUGAGAAUGUUGGUCUUUCACAGUCGUUGAGAGUGCAGUAACCAAGAGCCCGCUGAACGACCCACGGAGGCUAGAGAUCUGGAUGGACAACUCUUUCCAUAAUUUGUCGUUGUUCAAAUGUCAAAAUAUCCCACUUAGUGACGGACUCGUCACGUUCUCGUGGCAAGCAGUCCGCAUAUCCGUCGGCCGCAUGCAUGUACGCACAGAAAAGGGAAAAAGCAAACAUGCAUCGGGUAGCUCGGGGUAGAUGAGCAUUAGCAAUAUCGAUGCGGUAGACGAAUGGCCAAUGGGGAUUGAUAGAUCAACAGGAGGACGUGGAC